AUGGCUGCUACGGAUACAGACGAACUGGCGAGAGGUUACACCCUCGUAAACGACACUCAGUUCAACACAGGCCUGUUCCUUCUUGACAGACUGAAAGUAGGCCCGGGCAUGCGUGUUCUAGAUGUUGGCUGCGGACCAGGCAACCUCACAGCUCACAUCGCAGACAUAGUCGGCUCGGAGGGUCACGUUGACGGUGUUGAUCCCAGCAAAGAGCGCCUUGCCCUUGCCCGCGAAGUAGCAAGGCCCAACUUGUCGUUCCACGUGGGAACAGCCGAGGAUCUGUCGCAAUUCAAGACGGCUACUUACGACAUCGUCUUCGUCAACUCCACGUUCCACUGGGUACAGGACCAGCCUGCGGCAAUUGCGGAGUUUGCUAGGGUGCUGAGACCCGGCGGCCGACUUGGGAUGUCUGGCGGCUCCGGGGAUUACAAGGCAGCACACGAAAAGAUCAAAGAGGAAGUCCUUGGCAGAGAGCCAUACAAAAAGUACCCAGUCAUCAGCGGGCCAAAGUUUAUCAAACAGAAAGACUUGGACCAGCUCUUAGCUGGUGCGGGAUUUAAGGAGACGACUUUUGUCAUAAACAAGAUUGUUAAGACAGCGAAAGACGGCGAAGCCAUGAUCAAUUGGUUAGACUCAAGUUCCUCAGGAAAGACAUAUGGUGGCGUUCCGGUCGAGUUACGAUCCAAGGUGCGGGAAGAGAUGAAGCAGGAAUGGGAGAAGCUCACGACGAAAGACGGUAUUCACAUGGACAUGCAGCUAUUGGUUACAGUAGCCACUAGAGGAUAG